UACGAAUAAGGGCGAGAGGGUGCCUUGAACGAGUCAUUUUGAACUUGUCCGACGAUGGUGCUGUACGUGAUUGGGCUGGGUUUGGGCGAUGAGACCGACAUCACGGUCCGUGGUCUGCGUGCUGUGCAGUCCUGCGACAAGGUGUACUUGGAGAACUACACGAGCAUCCUUGGCAUCGACCACAAAACCUUGAGCGAGUUCUACGGCCGUGAAGUGAUCCUCGCUGACCGUGACUGCGUGGAAACCGGCGCCGAAGUGAUCUACGCCAACGCCAAGGAGCAAAACAUCGCGUUCCUCGUCGUCGGCGAUCCUUUCUGCGCCACGACCCAUUCCGACUUGAUCUUGCGCGCUCAAGAGAUCGGCGCCAAGGUGGAAGUGAUUCACAAUGCGUCCGUGAUGGGCGCUGCGGGAGCGUGCGGACUCCAGCUGUAUAGCUACGGGCAAACGGUGUCGAUUCCAUUUUUCAACGACAAGUGGCGCCCCGACAGCUUUUACGACAAGAUCGCGUUCAACCGCAAGGGCGGCCUGCACACGCUGUGCCUUCUAGACAUCAAGGUGAAGGAGCCGGACUUUGAAGCCAUGGCGCGCGGCCGCACCGUGUUCCUGCCGCCCCGCUUCAUGAGUGUGAACCAGGCGGUGGAGCAGCUGCUCGAGGUGGAAGACAAGCGCCAGGAGGGCGUGUACUCGCGGGACACGCUGUGUGUGGGUAUGGCGCGGUUGGGCCAACGCGACCAAAAGAUCGUGGCCGGCACCCUCGCGGAGCUACUGAGCGUCGACUUUGGCGCGCCGCUGCACUCGCUCGUGAUUGCCGGCGACGUCCAUUUCCUCGAAGAAGAGAUGCUCGCGCAGUUCAGCGUCAAGUUGUUGCAAGCCACCACCACCGCAGACGAAACUGCAUAGAACCCCUCGAUCUGCCCUCAAUUAUCAAUGACAUUUGUAUAUUUGGCUAUAUUCAAAGUUGAAGAAUUGUAUAUAUUGUCG